UUAAAUGAAAAGGUGGCUUCCAUCUCCAAAAGUGGGUCACAAAUAGCCAAAAUGUGUUUGCACUUAUUCCCAUCAAUAUCAGAGCAGUGGGUUUGGAGAGCAUGGAUUUGGGUAGGGAUCAACUCCCUGUGGAAAGAGCUCUGGGCAUGCAAUGGUGUGUUCAAGGAGACACGUUCAGUUUCAGGACCGCGGUACAGGAACGUCCACACACCAGGAGGGGCAUCCUUUCUGUGGUGAGCUCUCUCUAUGAUCCACUGGGUUUUUUGUCUCCUUUCAUAAUCCCUGCUAAAUUAUUGUUACAGGAGCUGUGUAGAAUGAACUUCAAAUGGGAUGAGCCAGUCCCUAGUGCCGUCUCCAGACAUUGGUCUGAGUGGCUCUCUGAACUUCAGCAUAUGAGUGGAUUUAAAGUGGAACGGUGCAUUAAACCCAAGAACUUUGGAACACAAGUGAAAGCAGAAUUACAUCAUUUUUCAGAUGCCAGUCAAUCAGGAUAUGGCACUGUUUCAUACUUGAGAUUGGAGAGUGCUGACAGUGUGCAUGUUUCAUUCAUCACAGGCAAGGCUCGUGUUGCUCCUCUAAAGCAACUUACCAUCCCACGCCUUGAGCUUGCGGCAGCUGUGCUUGCAGUUCGAGUGAAUACCAUGCUGUUGAAGGAGUUACAGUUGCCAUUGCAAAGGUCAGUUUUUUGGACUGAUAGCACUACUGUUCUCAAGUACAUCUUCAAUGAAACAAAGCGCUUUCACACAUAUGUUGCUAACCGUGUCAGCACUAUAAGAGAAGCCACAGAUAAAGAUCAGUGGAGGUAUGUAAAUACCAAGGAUAAUCCUGCAGAUGAAGCAUCUCGAGGACUAAGAGCUCAGGAUUUUGGGAAAGGAAAAUGGCUAAGGGGACCAGACUUUUUGCAUUUGUCUUCCACCGAAUGGCCAAAACUUGACUUGGACUCCUCGUCCAUCACAUCUGAUGAUCCAGAGGUAAAAAGGGAACUUAAAGUGAAUGCUGUCGCAACGCACAGUGACAACCCCCUUAGUCGGCUCAUUCACUAUUUCUCAUCCUGGAGAAAGCUUAAAACAUCAGUGGCCUGGUUGUUGGUGUUGAAAGAAAGACUUUUACUUUUGAGCCGAAAGAGGAAAGAAUAUGUGGUCAAGCAGAAUGAAAAUGUGGAAAAGGAGCUUAAAAAAUUCAAAUCCACGCUUGGAACAUCCAGCUUGACACCAGAGCGUUUGGAGGAAGCCGAAAGGGCAAUAAUUCGGUUUGCACAAAACCAAAGAUUCAGCACUGAAAUUUCCUCACUACAACACGAUCCAAAGACUGUUUCCAAAGACAGCCCUCUGUAUCGCCUUGACCCCUUCAUUAAAGAUGGCAUUCUCAGAGUUGGUGGACGCCUGUCUAAAUCUGUCCUGCCAUUGGAGGUUAAACAUCCUGUGAUUCUGUCAAAAGAUCUACAUGUUUCCCAGCUCAUAUUACGUCACAUCCAUUAUCAACUUGGACAUGCUGGACGCAAUCACAUGCUUUACAGAUUAAGACAGAAGUAUUGGAUUAUAAAUGCCAACUCUGCGGCCAGGAAGAUUCUCUCACAAUGUACAGUGUGCAGAAGGUACAGAGGAAAACUUGGAGAACAAAAGAUGUCAGAUUUACCAGAGGAACGAGUUGUGCCUGAUAACGCGCCCUUUACAAAUGUAGGAGUAGACUAUUUUGGACCACUGGAUGUGAGGAGAGGGAGAACUGUGCUGAAGCGAUAUGGAGUGAUAUUUACCUGUCUGAGCAGCCGUGCAAUACAUCUGGAGGUGGCGAACUCCCUCGACACAGACUCCUGCAUCAAUGCUGUGCGAAGAUUUGUCUGCAGAAGAGGACCCGUGACAAGUAUGAGGUCAGAUAACGGCACAAAUUUUGUUGGUGCGCAGAAGGAGCUGAGGCAGGCACUGGCUGCUUUAAAUCAUUCUAAAAUUGAAAGGAUUUUUGUGCAGGAAGGAGUGACGUGGAGUUUUAACACCCCAGCUGCAUCUCACCAAGGUGGCGUUUGGGAGCGUCUGAUUCGCUCUGUGCGCAGUGUACUUACCUCUGUUGUUGGACAUCAACUGCUGGACGAGGAAGGCCUGCAAACACUGUUUUGUGAGGUCGAAGCAAUACUCAAUGACCGGCCAAUAACUAAAGUCUCAGAGGAUCCCAAUGACUUGGAAGCACUCACUCCAAAUCACAUUCUUCUGCUGAAAGGCAAGCCCAUUCUGUCACCAGGUCUGUUUGAAAAGUCUGACCUGUAUAUUAAGAGGAGGUGGAGGCAAGUGCAGUACAUUGCGGAGCUUUUCUGGAAAAGGUGGACAUCAGAGUAUUUGCUUGUGAUGCAAGAAAGACAAAAAUGGACAAGGCAAAAAAGAAACUUAAUUCCAGGAGAUAUUGUUGUAAUCGCUGAUGCUACAGCUCCAAGAGGCUCAUGGAUGAUGGGUAGAGUUCUAAGUACUACAGCUGACUCAAGAGGACUGGUUCGCUCUGUGAAGGUCCAAACGAAGACCAGCAUCCUGGACAGACCAAUAACCAAGCUCUGUCUUCUCUUGGAGGCUAACAAUUGACUAUGCAUCUCAUUCUCUCUUUCAUCUGUUUUCUAUCUAUUUGGUUUUUUUUUUGCAGGCAUGGAAAAUCUGAAGAUGCAAGAUUUAAGCUUAGUGUUUGGGUUAUAAUUAUAGCUCCUUUGUGUUAACAGCUAAGGUUAAUUGUGGGUAACUUACCGUCACAAUUAGGGGCUGGGUUGUUGGAGCUAUUUUUGCACUUUGUUUAUUUUAGGCUUAAGUUAUAGUUUACUAUAUAGUUUGGUCACGUGGUGCUAUGUUAAUUUGCAUAAAUGGGUUAAGGUGGGAGGAACCGGAAAGGCUGCGAGGGCAUAUGGUUUUUUACCACAGGGUGAGAGAGGCAGCAGGAAAUGUCUGUGAGCUUGCUUAUCUGUGAAAAUAAACCUCCUCAAACUCAUCUUUGGCUAUGGACAUUAGUUUAUUUUUGUACCUCUAACCAUGCGUAAAGCCUACCCAUGACGCAGCCUUAGUGGCCAUUUGAAAAGUUUUGUUGUUAUUAGUUUUGCUUAAGUAAAGGACAAAUAGC